AUGGCAAGGAAACUCUUGAUUCUAUACAUGCUCGACCGCGGCAAUUGGGGCAUGAUAGCGAGAUCCUCAUACCUGCUCGUUUCGAUACUGCGCUCGUGCGUGUGCGGCGGGUUGAUGAUCAACUUGAAGCAGACCAUUGAAUUGGUCUUUCAGGUGUAUACACGUGCGGGCCGCGUCCGCGUAAUAUUCUCACUCCCAGAGAAGAUACUGCGUCAAUGGUUCCCACCAGGGACUGCGCCACAGUGUCCGCGUCACCUCGUCUACGUCGAAUGGUUCUCCAAGUUCGCGGCCGCUCCCGACAGUCAUCAUCACAUGUACAAGAUCAAAGCUUUGACGGGGCCUGAGAGGAUAGCAUCGGUAGUGCCACUUGCAAUGCUCGAACGGAGUGUCCAUUUACAUCUGAAGUGGGGCGGUCCAGUACCUGUGCAUUGGACGAGUGAGAAUGUUCUCGAUAACUUACCACAAUACUACUCAUUCGCGCAUUAUUCUGAGACCACUGUCUGCGAGCUUGUGAAUGCAAUUAAAUACGGACUAAUUACAGAGCUUCCAGGUAUUAUCACGAAUAAUCGUGGUGCUCGUGCAGAGCCUGAAGACGCUGUACGCGACGAGCGUCGCGUGGACGAGUGUCUGGCUGAGCGUGGUCUCUCCGAGCUCGGUGACCUCGCGCUGGAAGUGAACCGCAGGUUAUUGGCUCGUCUUUCGGUGCUGGGGUGUGGUACUGCUAGUGAUAUGCGAGCUAUAUUGUAG